AGAAUAUGGAGAAGAUAAAUAAAGAUAUGAUUGAAGUUGGAGAUAAUUUUUAUCUUCAUCAUGAGUUGUUCAAUAAAUUGUAUUCCUAUCAAAGAGAUGGUGUUAAAUGGCUUUGGAAUUUAUAUAAGAAAAAGAAAGGCGGUGUUCUAGGAGAUGAUAUGGGAUUAGGAAAAACUAUUCAGAUAAUUGCUUUUCUCUCUGGAAUGUUUGAUUUGGAAGAAAUAAAGCAUGUAUUGAUCAUAAUGCCUGUUUCCCUUCUACCAAAUUGGGAUAGAGAAUUUAAAAAAUGGGUUCCUGGCAUGAAUACAAGCAAUUUUUAUAGUUCUAAUAAGAGAAAACGUGAAAGGAAUUUAAUAAAAGUUCAGUGUUAUGGAGGUGUUCUAUUAACAAGCUAUGGAACUGUAAUAACAAACAGUGAAAUAUUAUCUAAACGAGAAGGACGUGAAUUUGUCUGGGAUUAUGUUAUUCUUGAUGAAGGCCAUAGAAUCAAAAAUCCAACAAAAACAACAAAAGCUGUUCAUGAUAUUCCUGCUAGAAAUCGAAUUGUGUUAACUGGCACACCUAUUCAAAAUAAUCUGAAGGAAUUAUGGGCUUUGUAUAAUUUUGUUCAACAGGGGACAUUACUUGGUUCUCUUCAAACUUUUAAAUCACAGUAUGAAAUUCCUAUUACAAGAGUAAGUAUAAAUUUUAACAAUAUAAUUAUUUUUAAACAAACAAAAUUGUUACAAAUAUUUCAAUAACUUUGAAAAUUUAUUAUCAAAC